ACUUGAAUGUGAUAAAAUGCAAGCUGUGUCCCAUGGUUGUGAAGGCUGGAAUCUAUAGACUGAAGUUGCACAUUGCUGGCAAGAAAGGACAGGUCCGGUCCUGCCCCAAUGCAAAACCUGAGGACAGAGAGAAGUGCAUGAAAGCUAUAGAUGAUUCUAGAAAAGUUAAAAAGGCUAGGCAAGAAGAAAAAAAAGAGGUUAGAGAUGCUGUAAAUGAGAAUAUGAUUGAUAUUCCAUCGGACACAGAAGAUGGCACAGGGCUUGAUGAUAUUGGAAGCUCUCAACCGCGAACAGUGGGUCCUAUGGACAGAUUCACAAUGCCUCUCGACUCUAGUUCUUUGGGUUCCACCAAAAAUUUUCAGCAGCAAAAAAUUACUGAACAUAUAAUGAAAGAAAGGUUGCACAAGUUGAAGAGAUAUAUUGCAAGGUGGAUAUAUGUGCAAGGAAUACCGUUCAAUGCAAUCAAUUGUGAUGAGUUCGACCAAGUGCUUGAAGUUGCUGGCCGCUUUGGGCCAGGUGGAAAGAAGCCUUACCAACAUGAGCUGCGAGAGAAUCUACUGCAUGAGGAAGUAGAAGAUACAAAGAAGCUGCUCAAGGAACAAGAACUAGAAUUGAUAUUUGUUUGGGAGAACAAUUGAUAUUUGUGCUGAAAU